AUGUCAGCCGCCAUACCCUGCACGCGGGCUGCAGCCCAGCGUGUCGCCUUCAGAGCCAUACGAUGUAAACGAUUCGCGAGUACUGAUGCAGUUGCUGUCGAUGCAACGCCCACGACACCCAUAUUGCCCGCCAAGCGUGAACAGCGAUUAUCAACACGGAAGCCAGACCUGAGUCAACAGUUGCACAGGGCCUUGUACCCAACGUUAUAUGGAGAAGAUGGCCAAUUCAAGGAUGGAGAGUUGGUGACCAUCAAGCGUCGGAAACAGAAAAAGCCUAUCGAUUCCAAGUGGCAGCCGGUAAUGAAGGAGAAGAGCGUGGACCGGAGAUUGAGCCAUCAAUUCGGCGUCCCCGUCCUCAGACCGACAGCCUCCAACAUCAAAAAGACUUGUCCAGAUCCCAUCUCCGCGGUAAACGCCUCGCAAAUAAGCUUGCUCGAUCCCACAGGCGCACGAACCCGCCUCUUCGCAAAGGACAACCCAGAAUGCGCGCGAGUCGGCGACAUUCUACUUGUACGCCAACGCACCGGCGAUCCCUUUGCUGGUGUAUGCAUCAACAUCCGACGCCGUGGUACCGACACCGCUAUCCUCCUACGUGGCCAACUCACUCGCGUGGGUGUAGAGAUGUGGUACAAGGUCUAUAGCCCAUUGGUAGAGGGUAUCGAGGUUGUGCAGCGUGCUGCUAAGAGGGCGAGACGCGCCAGGUUGACGUACAUGAGGACUGUCAAGCACGACAGGGGGAGUGUGGAGAAUGUCGUCAGGAUGUAUCUCAGGCAGAAGGCUGCGCUGGGUACGGCAGAAGGACAGAAAAAGAAGGGUGCUGGCGCUGCAGCCGCCAUGAUGGGUGGCAAGAAGAAGGGCAGAGGCAAGAAGAGGUAG